AUGUCGUUUAAACGAAAGUGUGAUUUUGAUCAAUUCGAUUCAUCUUCGUCGACAACAUCAUUAUGUGCAGGAGAUGGACCAACGACGAUGUCAUCAAUGACAACAGCGAAACAUAUUAAAACAGAACAAUUGCUUAAUCGACUGUCAUCGAAGAAAAUUGUUAAUAUUCAUAAUUCUCCGUCCCAUGAUCAUAAUGACAAUGUCAAUACAAGUAAUGGCUCGCCAGUAUCAAAUAAUCAAGAAUCAAAUGGUGAUCAAAUUGAGUCAAACACUCAUCAUGAUGAAUUUAUAACACCUACAUCACCAAGUACUAAUAACAACAACAGCAUCAUUCAAAAUAACGAAACAAAUUCAACUAGUGCAACUCCUGUAAUUGAAUCUCAUUUGAAAACAAAAGAAAUACCACCGGAUGCAAAUCAGCCGCAACGAAAACGUCGCAAAAAUGUUCCAUCAUCAAAAAUAUCUCGACCAUCCAUACCGUCAUCAUCAUUAUCAAUAAUACCUAAUAGUAUUAAAAUUGAAAAAAAUGUUCCUCAAUUAUCAUCAAUUCCAACGAAUACAUCAUCAUCAGCAACAACAACAAAUACCACCACAACAGCCAAAGCAAAUACAACGAUGAUAUUUAAUUUAAUACGUUCAUUAUUGGAAGAAAAACAACUUGAUAAUAAUGAUGAAAAUUUAAUAUCAACUAUUGAUUGUCUUAUUGAUAGUUUACAACAUUUACGUGAAAGAAUAAAAAUAACUGACACAACAGCAGACGACAAUAAUGAUGAGAGAAAUUCUUCAACGAGGAAUAAUCAUCAUUAUCAUGAUGAUUCGAGUCCAUUAAAUUUAUCGAAGCCAAAAAUAAGACAUCAAACACGUGUAGCGUCAACAAAUAGUGAUGAAAUGAGUCCAAGUACAACAACGGUCAGUUCACCAUCACCGUCAUCAGCAAAUCUAUCAUUAGCAUCAACACUUUUUCCGUCUCAAGCGGCACUUUUUUAUGAAAAGCCCUUUUUUCCUCCAUUUUCAGUUCCGAGUCUGACUCAUUUCCAAAAUCAUUUGAAAAUAGCAGCUCCAUCGGUACUCAAUGAUCCUAUGAACUCAAAAAAUGGAGAAAACGGCUCUUCUCGAUGCGCAUUGACAUCUUCACUUGUAGCUGCUCUAAAUAUGUAUGGUUUCCCACCUACAUCCAAUCACCCUUCUCAUCAUUCAAAUUUACCAAGAUCAUCAAAUGAGACAGUAUACAUGAAUAACAAUAAUAGCCAUAAUAAUAAUAACAAUAAUAAUAAUAAUAACAACAACAACAACAACAACAACAGCAACAACCAUCACUAUCGCGAUGUAUCUAUUGACAAAGAGUCGUCAUUAGCUCGUCAUGGAUCAACAAAUCGAAAAGAAAGAAAUUCUGGUCAUCAACAUUCAUCACCAAACAGUUCAUCAAUUUUAGCAAGUAACAAUGGAAACAAUGGAACGAGUACAACACCGCCAGCAUCAAUAUCAUCCAACGAUCACAUUAAACGACCUAUGAAUGCAUUUAUGGUUUGGGCACGUGAAGAACGACGAAAAAUUUUAAAAGCUUGCCCAGACAUGCAUAAUUCAAGUAUAAGCAAAAUCUUAGGUGCUCGAUGGAAAGCAAUGAGUAACGAAGAAAAACAACCCUAUUAUGAAGAACAAUCACGUUUAAGUAAAGUUCACAUGGAAAAAUAUCCUGAUUAUCGAUACAGACCUCGACCAAAAAGAACUUGUGUCAUCGACGGUAAGAAAAUGCGUUGGUCGGAGUAUAAACAAAUGUUAAAACAACGAAAACAUAGUUCAUUUGAUGAUCCAUCAUCACCUGAUGGAAAUCAUUUUCGAAGUAUAAAAGAGGAUGACGACGAUGAUGAUGAUGAUGAGGCUGUGGAUGAUGAUGAAUGUAGUACAGAUGGUAGUAACAAUUCUCAAAAGGCGCUUAUUUUUGCUGAUUAA